UGCCUUAUCUAACAAACAACAGAAUAGGAACCAGAAACCAGAUGGCUCGGUUGCUCUGCGUUGCAAACACUGCGACACAUACUUGUUGGUGCUGAUCUUUCGCUUCCUCUCACUCACAUCACGCAUGGCUUGUUUACAGCCUCCGUGGUUUUCUUCGUUACGCGUCGCGCCUCCAACAAAACUCGCAGGCCCGCCUUCAGCUUCUCUUAAGCCCGCCAAGCAGCUGUGUUGGGCCCUGGGUCCCGACAAUACCGAAUCUUCUGAACCCUCACAGGAAGCCCCAACGGGCCCCUUGGAUCCCGUGAAGCUUGCGUUCAGCAAGGCCCAAGCUUAUAAAAAGUCCAACAUAUCGAACUCUGGGUUGGGAACUACGCAAGGGGCUGACGAUGACAAUUCCGUCGAAAAGGGAAACGUCGGUGGUGAGGGCCAAAAGGAUUUGCCGGAUUCCGUGAAGAUUGCAAUGGAGAAGGCCAAAAAGUACAAGCAGAACAAAGGUGUUGCUGAUAGCGAAACAACACAAACACAAGGAUCCUUGGGAGGGAGUGAGAGAAGUUCAGGGGGAAAUGUUAUGGACGACAAGGUUGGCAAGAAGGGAGAACUUUCAGUUUCAAAAAUGGAUUUUGUGGGGCUUGACUUUGCAGAUAAGAAGACGACUAGGGGAUUGCCACCUGGGUUGGUUCCUAUUUCGGACCCUUUCUUUGAUGAUGAAUUGCCUGAGGUGGAGCUUAUUGUUGGAGACACAAGCAAGUUUGGUGAUGCAAUGGCUCCAGAACCUGAACAAGCUAAUGAAGACGAGGCUGAACUUUACAAGCCAAAAGUUUCUACCUGGGGUGUCUUUCCUAGACCUGCCAAUAUAUCAAAAACAUUUGGUGGUGGGAGAGUUAUACGUCCAGGAGAUGUUCUAGAGACUGAAGAAGAAAAGGCUGCUAAAGAAGCACGCACAAAGCAACUACUUGCUGCCUACAAAAAGAAAAUGGGAUUGAAUAUUGAUCCAAAGCUAAAAUCUGAGUGUGAGGAGACAUUGAAGGACGGCGACUUGUUAAUGAAUGAGGGAAAGCUGAACGAAGCAUUGUCCUACUAUGAGAAGGUCAUGGAUAAAUUAACCUUCGAGAGUGAACUCCAUGGGUUAGCUGCUUUGCAGUGGUCGAUUUGUCAAGACUCCCUCAGCAGGUCCAAUGAGGCUAGAAGUAUGUACGAGAAGCUUCUAUCUCACCCAAAUCCUAAAGUAAGCAAGAAAGCAAGACAGUUCAUGUACAGCUUUCAGGCUAUGGAAAUGAUGAAGGUGUCAGCAAGUUCUCCGUUUUAUUUAAAGAACACAGGCUACCAGAAUUAUUUUGAUGCAUUUGUAGAGAAAAAGUCUAACUACCCUCAAGAAGAUGACCUGGUUCGAAAGUGCAAUGAAUCAGGUUGUGCCGUAUAUUCUUUUUCUUCUUUCUCCUAUUUUUAUUGUAUUAUUAGUUGCUCUUAAGAAAGGAAUAUAAAUAAUUUUAUUUUUUUCA